AAAAAUUUGAACCUGGACCGUUGGAUUAACCAACGGCCCAGUAAUCAAUCACCGUUAGAUUUGUAAAGCAGCCCAACGGCUACUUUGUUGCAAUUAUUGCGCAGGGAACAGCCCACGUGGGGCUGUCGGGUGGGAAUCCGAAUUGGCGCGUGCGGCGCGUGGGAGAGUGGAUGAAAGGAAAGUGGGCUUCACAGCCCGUGUUUCACUCACAACAGGUAGGGCACAUAAUGAGUUUUGGCCUAAAAACGGGCUGGUAUUUGGCCUUCUUUUAAGUUUUGGGUUUUAGGUUUUAUUUAGCACAUGGGUUGGAGUGGGUUUUGGGGGGAAAAAAAAGGGGAAUUUUAGGUUAUAGGCCAUUGUUGGAGAUGGUCUUAAAACCCCAGGAAUGAAGGAAACCGGUGCUCCAUCGCCCUGCAAACAACACCACAAAAUCCACAAACAAAAAACCAAGGAAUCCAAUGGGAAAACACAACACACCAGAGACAGAGCCAAUAAAGGCAAACAGGAGGAAGGAGGUGGUGCGAACACCUUGAACCAUAACUCUACUCACCUUCUGAUAAAUCCGCAACAAAAUGUGGUUAAGAGAUGUGAUUGCAAACCGUGGAAUCGUGAGGGGAUGGAGCAAAUUGGUCCGAGGUUCUAGGGUUUUCUUGUUUUGUUUUUGUUUGUACUGGACUUCGAGACUUGUUUUGGGCUCUUUUUUGUGUGCUUUUGAGGCCCAAUUUCUUUUGUUAUGUACUUAAGUUGUGGUUGGACCUCUGUGUAACUUUACUUGGCCUUUGCCCUGGAAUAAUAUUUCCAGUUUACCAAAAGAAAAAAAAAAAAAAAAACUAUUUUCCUUGUUUGAGUUACAUAUCAUUUGGCAAAGUACUUGGCUUUUUCAUACAACAGAUCACAAUUUUAUAUAUUUAUGAACUAUUUGCAUAAUUUUAAUGAGGUAUUUUUACAUGUACAAAUAAAUUGUGAUUUACAAAUAAAGAAAAUAUAUCUUUUAUUUUACAUAUAAGUAUGACAAGCAAAUUUGACCUCAACUAGUUGACUUGUAUACAAGUGCACGAAACCUAAAUAAAAAAACGCUUUGUUUGGCAUGCUCUCCACUUUGUUUGAAUAACAAGGCAUAUCUUGAUGAUUUCAUAAUAUAUGUAAGCCACUUUAGACAAAUUAAGUGAGGAAAAAGAUUAUAUAUGGAUCAUAGCAUAUAGUCAAAAUAGUCCCUAUCCUUUGAUUGAUCGGAUUACUUUGUCAACAUAUACUUUUGUUCUUUUUCCUCUCAUAUAUUUUUUAUUUAGCUUGUGUCUUGAAUUUCCUCACAUAUUGAUGUAUCUAAUAUAAAUGACAUAUGGUGGAUGGUGGUUGGGAAUCAAAUUGGGUCAAAUAAGAACAAGUCAAUGAAACAUAUAGGUUUCAUCUCCUUCACUUUGGCAGGCUUGAUUUUGAUCAAGUUGGUGAUACAAAAUAUAUGUUGUUUACUUAGGAUUUAUAUAUAUAUAUUAAGGCCAAUUGGACAAAAUCGACCAGCUUAAUUGAGAUGAGCUUAUCUAGCUAGUAACUAGGGAGUGAACAAAGCUCCAUAUAUUACACCGCCUUUAUAGCUAGUUUAGAGAGAGAGAGAGAGAGAGUUGAAGCUCUAGCUCUUCAAUGGUACAAAGGACUGUCCUCAAGGUUGAUAUAUCAUGCCUAAAAUGCAAGAAGAAGCUCCUCAAGGCAGUGUCUGGCCUACAAGGUGUGGAUAAAGUUGAAGUUGAUGCAACCAAAGGAACUUUGACUGUAACAGGCAACUGUGAUCCCUAUGAAAUAAUUGUUCGAACUAGAAAAGCAGGUAAAUUUGCUGAAGUAGUGAGUAUUGGGCCGCCUCCUGCUCCACCUAAACCUGCAGAAAAGAAGCCCGAAGUGAAGAAACCUGAAGAAAAAAAACCAGACCAGAAGGUCGAACACCUUCACAUGCCCCAUAACUGUGAAGAAUGUCAAAGAUUGGCCAUUGUAAGGCUGGAGCCUAGUUAUGAUCACAACCCCUCCUGUUCUAUCAUGUGAUGAUAAAGUCAAAUAACCCAUGAUAUUGUCAAGGUCGAUGAUUUUGUAUGAUCUAUCAAUUUGUCAGUUGGGUUAGAGUUUGUUAAGCUCAAUCAUUCGCCUGCCGAUUAGUUGGAGACUUUUAAUAGUUGAUGUAUGCAUGUGAAUCUCAUUGUGGAACUUACAUGCAUGUUGAAUGCUAUAGAGCUAUGUGAAUUGUAUUCACAAACAAAAAUAAUCAUGUGUAAGACUUAAAGCUCGUAAAAAUUAGAGUGAUAAUAUUGAUGUCAUUCAUAUUGUUCACACGCACACCUUAUAAUUUA